AUGGACGACGGCGGUAUUAAUAAGGAACUAAAGCAGAAGUUAAACUUUUCCCGCUGUGAAGAAGAGGGUGAGCAUGAAGGGCAGAAGGAGGAACAAGAGAGCAGCGAGGCCCAGAGCCGAACCCCAGACAAGUCUGAAGUUCAGGAGUCAGAGGCAAAGUGCACAACUCCCAGACCUUCCCCCAACAGCCUCCGUGAAGUCGGCACGUUUCAGGAAAAAGACAUGAUGAGUCCAGAUGAGGGUCCGAGGACUCCUGUGUCACACUGUCGCAAAUGUCCUGGGUCACCAGCCCCACCAGAUGGCAGGAGCAAGCUGCUGCAUUGUGAGAGCCCCUUCACUCCCAAAGGUCUGCUGAGCCAGUCCGUGAUCUCUUCAGCAGAGAAGCUCCCCUCCCGAGGCUCUAAGCAUUUGAGGCUCACACCUGUUCCCCAUGUGGAUGAGAUGACCUCAUCAGCUCUGGUCAAUAUUAAUCCCUUUACACCAGAGUCCUAUAGAAAACAAUUCCUUCAAUCCAAUGGCAAGAGGAAAACCCGAGGAGAUCUUGAGGAAGCUGGUCGAGGGGAAGGUGAUGUAGAUCAAGGGCUGCCAGCCAAGAGAUGUGUUCUCCGAGAAACCAACAUGGCUUCCCGCUAUGAAAAAGAAUUCUUGGAGGUAGAAAAAAUUGGAGUUGGCGAAUUCGGUACAGUCUACAAGUGUAUUAAGAGGCUGGAUGGAUGUGUUUAUGCAAUAAAACGUUCCAUGAAACCUUUUGCAGGAUCAUCAAAUGAGAGUUUGGCUUUGCAUGAAGUUUAUGCUCAUGCAGUACUUGGGCAUCACCCCCACGUAGUACGUUACUACUCUGCAUGGGCAGAAGAUGACCACAUGAUCAUUCAGAAUGAAUACUGCAACGGUGGGAGUUUGCAGGCUGCUAUAUCUGAAAACACUAAGUCUGGCAAUCAUUUCCAUGAGCCGAAACUCAAGGACAUCCUUCUGCAGAUUUCCCUUGGCCUGAAGUACAUCCACAACUCUGGGAUGGUGCACUUGGAUAUCAAACCUAGCAACAUCUUCAUUUGUCAUAAGAUGCAAAGUGAUUCUCCUGUAGCCCCAGAAGAGAUUGAAAAUGAAGCUGAUUGGUUUCUCUCUGCCAGUGUGAUGUAUAAAAUUGGUGACUUAGGUCAUGUGACCUCAAUAAGCGAUCCGAAAGUAGAGGAGGGAGAUAGUCGCUUCCUGGCUAAUGAGAUUUUACAAGAGGAUUAUCAGCACCUUCCCAAAGCAGACAUAUUUGCCUUGGGAUUAACAAUUGCAGUGGCUGCUGGAGCAGAGUCGUUACCCACCAAUGGUGCCAUGUGGCAUCAUAUCCGUGCGGGCAACCUUCCGGACAUUCCUCAGGAGCUCUCAGAGAAAUUAUGCAUUCUACUCAAGAACAUGAUCCACCCUGACCCAAGGGAGAGACCUUCUGCAGCAGCUCUGGCCAGAAGUCGAGUUCUCCGGCCCUCCCUUGGGAAAGCAGAAGAGCUCCAGCAUCAGCUUAACUUGGAAAAGUUCAAGACUGCCACACUGGAAAGGGAACUGAGAGAAGCUCAGCAGGCCUGUUCCCCCCGGGAAGAGCGUGGUGGUGACCCUGGGGUCUUGGGGACCCCCCCAGGAUCAAGAAGCACCAAACGCCUGGUGGGAGGAAAAAGUGCAAAGUCUUCCAGCUUCACCUGUGGGAAGUCUUCCCCAUGA